AGUGGAGGAUAAAGGUGUCUCCGGAGCGAGAGCCCUCCCAUAUGCCAUUUAGCAUCUCUGCUCAUAAGCUUGGACCAUUUCGGUGGGACUUUGUCGCUCGCUGGGUGCCUUAUUCCUCCGUUUCGGCCGCAGACGGAAACGCGAAACGCGGAGUUCGGUUGUACUCCAAGUCACCGCCGCGCUUAAGAACGCAAUAAAGCAAAGUGUCGUCGAUCCAGGAAGUGAAGAAUAAGAAGACGCGCUUGUUGGUUGUACUGUGAUAAAGGACAAGCUUAAUUGAUUGCAAACGUAAACGUAUAUUAUACAGACAACUCGCUACGCUAACCAUCAACGCUACGGAGACUAAUUCAAGUUACAGUUUAGCCUGCGGAAGAGAUGUUGAAAAAAAGGAUCUUCCUUUUGCUGCUCUUAUUUGCCGACGUGUUUGCCCACCCCACAGAAAUACCGGAUGCAGGAAGCGGGUCUUCCGACCAAGAAUUCGGUCUUACCUUCUCCGGAGACCCUCCGGAUGACGAAAUCCAAGACUCACAGCGGGAAGCAGCGUUAACGAAGCUGCAGCAGAUGUUCGGCAUACCCGAACCGAGUGACAGAUCUAGCCGACACAAAAUACCACCUCAGUUUAUGCUGGAACUCUACAACACGAUCGCCGAUCCCAGCGGUGUGACACGUGGCAAGAACCCCUACAACGCCAAGGUUGUGCGCAGUUUCAUUGAACGAGAUAGUUCCAUGUCCCACUAUUAUCUUUUCAACAUUUCCGGACUGGAAAUGAACGAGUCCGUUUUAGAGGCGGAACUGCAUCUGUACCGGAAGAGAACCCCGCUCAGAGAUAUGCAUCCGGCGAUUCUUUCCUCUCCGUACUACCUCAUCCGAGUCUACCAAGUCCUGGAUAAACACCAGCUGGACACUCCGGACUUGCACAAGCUCCUGAACGUCCAUUACGUCGGAGCACACGCGUCUGGUUGGCAGGUGUUCAACGUGAAGCAGGCGGUUCUUUCGUGGAUGUCGGGAGCCCCGAACCUCGGACUGUUGGUGACAGCGUCAAACCUCUUCGGCGACGAUGCGGCGGUUAAUUUCUGCCGAAGGAACGACUACCACCACAGCAAGCAGCCGAUCCUAGUGCUCUUCGACGACGACGGUAAGGAGACGUCAACGGGGGAGAACAUAACUCCGCACUAUUACAAGUACUCAAAUGACCUCGAAGAAGAAACGUCCGAAGAGGUGGACGCUGUCUACAAAGACCACAAGGCUAAUAGCCUUGAGGAGGAAGAAUCGAAGGACGAACGAGGUCGCGAGCGACGCGAAGCAUCUUCUUCCUCGACGAAGAAGAGCCAGAAGUUCGUCUCGACGGCGAAGAAACUCCCGGGAGCCCUGAGCUCGAUGGACAUCUACGAGCGCGCGAUGCUGCGGAAGAAGCUGAACAAGCUGAAGACUUCCUCGCCUUCUAGCUCGACCCUGAAACGUCGGCGAGCCCGUUCGGCGCCGGAUUCGAACGGCAAUAAGACCGAAUGCGCGAGGCACGAGCUCUACGUCGAUUUCGAGGAGAUGGGCUGGUCCGACUACAUCAUUGCCCCCGAAGGCUACUCCGCUUACCACUGCAGGGGCCACUGCAACUUCCCCCUGAGCCAAGGCCAGCAUCCGACGAACCACGCGACCGUCCAGAGCAUCGUUCACAUGCUGAGACAGGGGAAAGACGUCGACCAGCCCUGCUGCGUGCCGACAAAACUCCUCAGCAGCAGUUUCCUCUACUUCGACUCCGUCGACAACGUCGUCCUUAAACUGUACCAGGACAUGGUUGCGGAACAGUGCGGAUGUCACUAGCGGCCGGGAAAGAGUGGAGUGCUUUUGAUCCUUGCAUAUUUAUUUUAAAUCCUCGAGUCGUUGUCGGAAUGGAAAGAGAAAAGGGGGAUCAAACCGUAAAUGUAGUUAUAUUAUAUGUAUUGUAUAUAACAUUUCUAGGGACAUUUUACUUUGCCUAUACCGUAUACACUAUUAUGAUGUAAAAUCUCUAACGUGAUAUACAUAAGUGAUGAAUAUUAAAUUAUAUUAAUUAUAGUUGAAACGAAGCUGUGUACAUAUCGUAUAAUUUUCUGUAUCGUUAUAUAAUAUCAUUAAUUACUAUAGUUCUUAUAUGUAGAAUAACGCAACUAUAGGCUAAGAAAAUGACAAUAAA